GUAUUGAAAGAUGGAAAUCAAAUACUCUCAAUUCAUUUUUACAUCCCAUUCAAUUGAUUCGUAUUACAAAUCAAGGAAAUCAACUUAUCAAUAGUUUUCAUAAUUUCCAUUAUCGUCUGGAUCAAAGUUCUGGACAAUUAAUUCCAGUGCCAGCUAAUUAUUCAACUUGUUCAUGUGUAAGAUCGAGUGCAUGUCGAAUUCCUAUGGGUAUAUUCGUUUAUAACUGGACAAUCUUUGAUUAUGUUGAACUUUUUCGUAUUCCUAAUUUUUUCACUGGUUGCUUUCUAGUUGAAUCUUUACUCGAAUCGACUUUAGAAUGUUUUUAUGAUCAUCAAUGUAUGGAAACCAUUGAAUCUUACAUGUCGAAUACAAAAGCUAAUUUUUCACUACUUGAUACAACUCGUAAUUCACCGAAUGAAACAAUUCAAUCGAUUAUUAAUCGAUUAAUGAUCGAUGCAUGGCAAUCAAACAUAUCAUUUAGUGCUUAUUAUAAGAUGUGUGCACCAUUAUCUUGUACAUAUGAAGAUACACGUCAACAUGAUAUUUUCUAUCUAAUCUCAUCUAUUCUUGGUAUAUUUGCUGGUUUGGACAUUUAG